CAUGCAGUCAACAACAUGCAUUUCUGAAGAGAGCAGCUGGUCCCAAAACCCCGAAAAAUUCCCCUCUACUUAUACCCCAGGCGCCCCAUGGCGCCUCCUUUUCUCUAAUUUAAAUAUUUCCAGCAAUUUCCCAUUAUAUUCAGUGUAUGGCUACUUUAAUCCCUCCUUCCUUAAUUCACAUACGUUUUACCAGUUCCCAUUAUUUUCGUAUUUGUCCCGAUACCGCCCCUAAAUUGAUACCAUCCUCCCCUCGAUGACGUCAAUUUUCCUCCUCUCCAGUUCCCCUUAUUUUUAGGCUAAGUCAACAAUUUUAGAAAAAAAUAGCGCUUACUUAUAAGCGCCGCUUCCUCAUUGACUUCAUUUGACCGCCACCUCCCCAGUUGCUUCCUCGGAUCAUCCUGAUCUCACACGUUGCCCUCCACAACAAUGUCUCAGUCAGCCCGCCGCACUAUCUUCCGGAGAGGUCCCAGGAGUGCUCUGCGACGCUAUCGCCAGUAUCAGCUGUCCUGCCUGGCCAUUGAACUUACUGGUUUCCUGGAACACCUAUCUGAAUCCUCUAUUCCUGAGUCCCCUCACCUCGCUCACCACAUUGUGAGAGAUACCGUCUGUCUUGAUCAGAGCACCCAGUUUCACCCCACAACCUGUGAUCAGUCUACUCAGACCUUCUACUGGUAUUGGACACGCACCACCUCUCAAGGCGUCCAGACUGAGGAUGUCCCUGUUGAGAUCUCCUCUGAUGAUUCUUCCUCUGACUCUUCUUCACCCCCUAGUUCCCCUGACAUUCCUCAAUGUUCUCCUGGAUUCACGCCUUUGCCUCAUAUUCAUGAUAUUCUCCAAUCUUCUCCUGUCUAUUCGCCUCCAAUUUCUCCCACUGAUUACUCUCCAACUUCUCCUCAGGAACCUGAGAUCCCGUCUUCUACAACUGACCCUCCGGUCCCACUGAUCCCAUUGGAUAGUCUCUGCACUUUGCGUGCCGUAGAGGGUCCGAUGGAGCUCCUGGGAGAGGUUACCAGCACUUCACCAGGUAGCUCAUCACUACACGGUCCAAUGUGUCACGUGGACGCUAUCUAUGUCGGGUAG